AAAGAAGUACCGAUAUCAUUUUUCCCAGGCGACAAAAUAUUUUUUGAGAAACAAGUACAGUUUGGCAAUGCUGCGUGAAGUGCAAUAGCAACUUUGACAGUUGUAGUACUUCAUGUGUGAAGUGCAAUAGGCGUGACCAUUUCCUUUUUCACAACGUUACUUUUAACUAUCAAAAUGCAAAUUGAAGUGAAUCCCAGCCUGUUUAACUACUCCAAACAGAAGUGUAGAAUUGUUUUGGUGUCUGAUGAAGGGUUGAGGAAAGUCAAAGAAGACUACUUCUUGCUGAAGCCACAACUUGGAGUUGAUUAUGAGCUUCUCUACCCUCUUCAAGAACCAAAUCAUAUGGCUGCAGACAAGAUGAGCAUUGAAGACAUAGUUAAUGGUAUCAACAGUGGUGAUAUAAACAAGGAAAUUACAGCAGCCCAUGCUGCACGUAAUAUCCUCACCAGGGAAUAUUAUCCACCUAUUGACAUCCUCAUCAAUGCCAAUGUUGUUCCCAAGCUGGUUGAAUUCCUCAGUCGCGUUAAUAACCCUGAUCUUCAGUUAGAUUCAGCUUCGGCUAUCGCCAACAUUCUGUCAGGCACAUCUGACCAGACCAAAGCUGUCGUUAGUGCUGGGGCUGUCCCUGGUUUGAUAUCUUUGUUGGCUUCACCUCACCCAGUUGUGGCUGAGAUAGCUAUCCGCGCUCUCGGUAAUAUUGCAAUUGACGGACCAGAGCAUAGAGAUGUCGUAAUCGAGCAAGGCAUCCUUGAACCCUUGCUCCUUUUGAUUAAACCAGAAACUUCUGUUGAAUUCUUGAGCAACGUCACUUCGGUUUUGCUUAACUUGUGUUGUCACGUGAACAAUCCACUUAAUGUCCCUACAUUCCGACAGCUUCUUCCCGUCCUUGCCCACCUAAUCAAGAACAACGACGAGGAGAUUCUCGCCGACGCUUGCUGGGUUCUGGCAUAUAUUUCAAAAAAUUCUGAUGAACGAACUCAAGAAGUUUGCGACGCUGGAGUCGUCCCUCGGCUCGUCACAUUGCUCAAUCACAAUGAGACACCGGUCAUCGAAGGCGCUCUGUGUUCAAUCGGACUCAUCGUCGCAGGCAGCAAUACUCGAACCGAACUCGUCCUGGCUGCUGGUGCCUGGCCGUUGCUGGCCAAAUUGCUUGUUCAUUCCCAGAUCCGCAUCGUCCAUCAUGCGGCCAAAAUCGCAUCGAACAUUGCUGCCGGCAAUGCCGUAAUCCCCGUUAACAACGUUACUCGUCCGUUGGUUGACGUCCCGAUAGAAGUCGGCUUGAAAUGCCAAAAAGAACCAGCUAGGGACAUCACCAGCAACACUUUGGAUGGCAAUGCCAAUGUGAUCGAUUUGAAGAUAAGUGCCAUCGGUUCUUUGUGCACUUUGUUGAAAGACAAGGAACCGGAGACUAUCGAGGUCGUGUUGGAUAGCUUGGCUCUGAUUUUGGAGGCAGCCGUGAAAAUGGACGAACUGGAGAAAGUUUCACUUCACGCGAAAAAGUGUGGUGGCUUUGAUUGCUUCCGAGCUUUUCAGAGUAGCCCCAACAUAAAGAUUCGUCAGAAGUCGCUGGCUAUUCUGGAGCGGUACUUCUCCACUCACUUGUCUAAUGAAGACGAGUCAGCGCCAUCGACAUCGGGCGUAUGGACGAUUACCCCCUGCAACUAACGCCCCCCCCCCUCCUCCCCGUGGGAUCGACUUGUGCCCACUCCUUGCAAUUUAAGAAAUCAAGAACAAGAACCAGCCAUUUUAAUCGUCCGAAGGAGGUUUCUCAUUCUGAAGUUUAAUCUAAAAUUCUUUAUACUGCCUUUUCUUUCUUCAGUU